UUAAUGUGAAAAAAGGCUAUUAUUUAGAAAAUGAGCAACAAAAAUCUAGAAAUUUACCUAAUUCAUGUUUUGUUAGUAUAAAUGACCUCUUAAAUUCGUCAUUUGACCUCUAAAAUAGAUCCUAAAGCAUUUGUUUUUGAGUCAUUUUAAUCUGAUGAGACCUAAAAUUUUUGUUAGGGAACAUUUUCCAUUUCUACUAGCUCUUUAAUUAGCAGAGCCUCAGGAACAUAAAAAACAAUUGUCGUUUUUGGUUAAAAUAUUAAGAACAGACAUCAAAACAGCAUUUUAAUCUUCAGAAUUAGUGGUCUCGAUGCAAUGGAGCACGAAGAAGCAGCAGCUCAGAGGUCACAUGACUUAGUAACUAUCACUAACUUCCUGGUUACCUGCCUGCAACUUGAGUUGCUUCAUGUCGGCCACCAUUAUGAGCGGCUACAUCUGCUGCUUGAAUAAUUCAGCACGGUUGCAGAUUACUGGUAAAUUUUUAAUCCCUGUAGAUUGUCUAAAUUAGUGCGGAGCGGUUUGAUGUGAGGCAGCAACAGACACUUUGACAGAAGCAGGAUGUGGAUCAAAAACAGAGCUGCAGUAGUAGACGUUAAGCGAACCUCUGUAGUCCUGUAGCGUACUACGGCACGUGUGAUGCAUUAUUCACAUCCAGUUCAAGAUGAAUGACUAGGUUUGCAACAGUUACGGUAGGUAAUAGUAUCAGGCUGAAUGCUUUUGAGGUAUGUUUUUAUUCAAAUGUGCAGAGUAAAAAUGCACAGCUUCAGCUCUGCCUUCUCAUGAAGGACAUUGCAGGAGGAUAUCAGCUGUAUCUUUCAGCUGCAUAUUUGAGUCCAUCUAAUAUCCGCUGGCAUGCGAUUCAUAAACCUGUCUCUGUGUGACGGGGGUUAAACAUAAUUUUUCACAUCAGUUUUCAGAUCGCAGUGAAAAAAAAAGACGAGAGUUCUCUCCCCUCAGGGUCACACAAUCUGAUGCAUUAACACGUUUAUGACAAGAGGAUCAGUCAAGAGAUGGAAACAAACACUCCUCUCCAUCACGACAGCUUGGACUAAGAAUUAUUUUAUGAAAUGCAGCCACUUUCACUCUAAGAAAGAAAAUGUUAAUUUCACUUAACCGUUUGGUCAACUUGUUCCAUUAAACCUAGUUGUGCAAAUAUAAAGAUUUACUUUUAACACAACACAUAGCAAUGUAUAUUACUCCUUACUUUUAAAGUGCAUCUAGUAAGACUGACAUCCUGGUCAAAUUUUGGCCCUCUGAGCAGCAGUUGCCAGUAACGGAUCAGCACCAGAAGUUUCUAGAUGACGAGUGAAGACGGGUCAUGCACAGUAAAUUGAUAAGUAGUAAAAUACAUUUUAAUAUCAAGUUGUUGAAAAGUAGCUUGGGAAAUAUUUGAGCCAAUAUUUUUUUUUCUAUUUCACCGGUAGCAUUGUUAGCCUCUAGCCUUUUUUUAAACCCGAUAUUAGAAUAUAAAAAAGAUGCUGUGGCUUCUUUGGGGUACAAGAAAUACCUUCUGGGUCGCUUCUGUUUACAACUCCGCUGCUUUUUUGUCAGCCAGUGUUGAAUUACAAAUGUGGGCGCAGCAGUGUUUGCCAGCACAGACUUGGCAACCUCACAAGCUCAGAUGUAAUUGGCUCUGGAACCAGGAAGUAUGGAGAUGGGACAGAUUGUAAACAAAGUUCCUCUUUAGCUUUAUUAAAAGGAGAAAAACUGGCAACCCCCCAGCCAGCUGAGAAGGAAAUUUGUUUCAAUAUAACCUUCCUUCUGACAUGACUGAGACAUUAUUUUUAGAUUAUUUCACUUAAAAUUCUUACUUAUUGCUCCUUUAAUUAACCAGGUUUCAUGGAACCAGAUAAAGUAACUUGGUUAAGUAAAUUCAGUAUUUCCUUUUUUACAGUGUUGAAGUUCAUCUUAUAGGCACACAAAUGUCAAUCUUUUUAAACUGAACAUAAAAAAGUUUAUUUUAAUAAUAAUCAUUUCAUAAAACUGCUUGUGUGUUGGUGCAAUUCCAGUUUGCUGCUUCAGCUCAGAUAAUCUCUAACCAAUCCAAUUGAUCUUUAGGAGAUUGCGGUUCUUAGCGUGCAUGCCAGGUCUCUGCAGAGACGACUAAUUCAGUGACUGUGAAACAGCGCUUGUGUCCUCCUGAGGAAGCUGCUGCUGUUGCUCUAUUAUGAUCACCAGAGACUCUUUACUUGUAAAUUUUCUCAGCCCUGAUGAGUCAGAAGAAAAUAACACUUGCCAUAAGAACCCUUUACGGACUGUAUCCCUACAAAUCCAGCAUGAUUGGCCUGGAGAGCCUUGGCGAUCCUUCGGAAAACUGGGACAUAGUGGAAACCAUCGGCAAAGGAACGUACGGGGAAGUCUACAAAGUGACCAACAAAAAGGACGGAAGUCAGGCAGCGGUGAAGGUGUUGGACCCGAUCAACGAUGUGGACGAGGAGAUCGAGGCAGAAUAUAACAUUCUGAAGUCUCUGUCCAACCACCCUAAUGUGGUGAAGUUUUACGGCAUGUUUUACAAAUCCGACAACUCAUCUGGUGGUCAGCUGUGGCUAGUCCUCGAGCUGUGCAACGGCGGCUCUGUCACAGAACUCAUCAAAAGCCUGAUCAUGCACGGCCAGCGUCUGCAGGAGCCCGUCAUCUCAUACAUCUUGUGCAGCGCCCUCUUGGGUCUGCAACAUUUGCACAACAACCGGAUUAUCCAUCGUGACGUCAAAGGCAACAACAUCCUCCUGACGGCGGAAGGGGGAGUGAAACUGGUUGACUUUGGUGUUUCAGCUCAACUAACAAGCGCGCGGCUGCGGAGGAACACAUCCGUGGGGACGCCGUUUUGGAUGGCUCCCGAGGUCAUAGCGUGUGAACAGCAGUACGACUCCUCGUACGACGCCCGCUGUGACGUGUGGUCUCUCGGCAUCACAGCCAUCGAGCUUGCAGAGGGAGACCCCCCACUGGCUGAGAUGCAUCCAGUCAAAGCCCUCUUCAAGAUCCCACGAAAUCCUCCACCCACGCUACAAAAGCCAGAGCAGUGGAGUAGAAGUUUCAACCACUUCAUCAGUCAAUGCUUGAUAAAAGAUUUCGAAGCACGACCAUCCGUGACCCACCUACUGGAGCACCCCUUCGUCAAACAGGCCCAUGGCAGAGACGUGGCCCUCCAGCGGCAGCUAGCAGCUCUGAUUAAGGAGCAGCAAGAAGUCGGCUGCAAAACCAAAACCAGGCACAAGCGGAUCAAUACUCGUAAAACCCUCAUUGUAGAAAGCUGUCCUGAUGACGAUCUGGUAAACCUGGAGUUUCUGGAUGAGGAGAUAAUAAUCAGUCAUCUCCAGAAGAGGUAUGAUGAUCUGCAGGUGUACACUUACGUUGGUGACAUCCUCAUCGCUUUGAAUCCUUUCCAGAAUCUCAGCAUCUACUCACCUCAGUUUUCUAAACUGUACCAUGGAGUAAAGAGAGCUGAAAACCCUCCACACAUAUUUGCCACCGCAGAUGCAGCUUACCAAGGAAUGGUGACAUUCUGCAAAGACCAGUGCAUCAUCAUCAGUGGAGAAAGCGGAGCGGGGAAAACGGAAAGCGCUCAUUUGAUUGUUCAGCAUCUUACCUUCUUGGGAAAGGCAAACAACAGGACUCUCAGAGAGAAGAUCUUGCAGGUCAACUCUCUCGUUGAAGCCUUUGGAAAUGCAUGCACGGCUAUUAAUGAUAACUCCAGCCGCUUCGGUAAAUACCUGGAGAUGAAGUUCACACCGACAGGGGCGGUCAUCGGGGCCAAGAUAUCGGAAUACCUGCUGGAGAAAUCGAGAGUUAUCAAACAGGCUGUGGGUGAGAAAAACUUUCACAUUUUCUACUACAUAUACGCUGGGCUUUACCACCAAGAUAAGCUGAAGAUUUACAGGCUGCCAGACGGAACGCCUCCCAGGUAUAUUGACAGCCAACAACACAAAGUGAUGCAGGAUAUUGUCUCGAGGGAACUGUAUAAGGAGCAGUUUGAUGCAAUUCAGGAGUGUUUUCGAAACAUCGGCUUCACUGAGGAGGAGGUUACCUCUGUUUAUAGAAUUCUCUCAGGCAUUUUGAACACGGGCAACAUUGAGUUUGCAGCCAUCACAUCACAACAUCAGACCGAUAAGAGUGAAGUGCCCAACUCAGAGUCCUUGGAGAAUGCUGCAUCUCUCCUCAGCAUCGGCUUCGAGGAGCUCCAGGAGGCGCUGACUUCUCAGUGUGUGGUCACGAGGGGCGAGACCAUCAUCCGUACCAACACCGUGGACAAAGCUGCUGACGUCCGAGACGCCAUGUCCAAGGCCUUGUACGGACGCCUCUUCAGCUGGAUCGUGAACCGCAUCAACUCACUGCUGCAGCCUGACACGAACACCAGUGCCUCCGAGAGUUGCAUGAAUGUGGGAAUCCUGGACAUCUUUGGUUUUGAAAACUUCAAGAAGAACUCGUUUGAACAACUGUGCAUCAACAUCGCAAACGAGCAGAUCCAGUUUUACUUCAAUCAGCACAUAUUUGCCCUGGAACAGAUGGAAUACCAGAGCGAGGGAGUAGAUGCCAGCCUGGUGGAGUACGAGGACAACAGGCCCAUCCUGGACAUGUUUCUGCAGAAACCCAUGGGUCUGCUGUCCCUGAUGGACGAGGAGAGCCGCUUCCCUCAGGCCACGGACCAAACCCUCGUGGAUAAAUUUGAAGACAAUCUGCGCUGCAAGUAUUUUUGGAUACCUAAACGCAUGGAGCUUUGCUUUGGAAUUCAGCAUUAUGCUGGGAAGGUUAUGUACGAUGUGAACGGUUUCCUGGAGAAGAACCGGGACACUCUUCCUGCAGACAUCGUUCUGGUGCUGAGAACAUCAGAGAACAAACUCCUGCAGCAGCUCUUCUCCAGCCCUCUGACUAAAACAGGAAAUCUGGCGACGUCCAGGGCUCGGGUCACUGCUGCAUCCAGAUCCUUACCUCCUCAGCUGAGUUCAGGACGCAGCAAGUCACCCAAAUACCUACUGAAGGUGGACACUAUGGAGAUGAUGCGUCACCCGGAAGAAACCACCAACAUGAGGAGGCAGACUGUGGCUUCUUAUUUCCGUUACUCCCUGAUGGACCUGUUGUCUAAGAUGGUGGUGGGCCAGCCUCACUUUGUGCGCUGCAUCAAACCCAACGACGACAGGCAGGCGCUUCGUUUCUUUAAGGAGAGGGUGAUGCUGCAGCUGCGCUACACAGGGAUCCUGGAGACUGUGAACAUCCGCCGACAGGGCUACUCCCACCGCAUCCCAUUUGAGGAGUUCGUCAACAGGUACUUUUACCUCGCGUUUCGGGCUCACCAGAUGCCAGAAACGAGCAGAGGGAACGCCGUAGCCAUACUGGAGCGAGCCAAACUAAAGGACUGGGUGCUGGGGAAGACAAAGGUUUUUCUGAAGUACUACCAUGUAGAGCAGCUGAAUCUGCUGCUGCGGGAGGUGAUAGCUCGGGUGGUGUUGAUGCAAGCUUACACUAAAGGCUGGCUCGCAGCCCGACGCUACCGAAAGGUGAAAGAGAAGAGAAACCGUGGAGCCAUCGUCAUUCAGUCAGCCUGGAGGGGCUACGCAGCACGGCAGAAUCUCAAACAAAUAAAAAAGGAGCGGGAAGAAGCUGCACACCGCAUCCAGUCAGCUUACAGGGGCCAUCGGGUAUUUCAGGACCUUGAACCCCAGAGGCAGAAAUGUCAUCCCACCAAAGAGGAGACCACUGGGUACGGCCUAAAGAGCAAAGAGGCACAACCAGAUAACAUAAAGAAAGGAAACGCUGGUCCUGACAGUCGGGACAGACAAGUGAAAGACGUCAAGAGAGACAAAGGCAGAGCUGAAGACGGUGUAACGCAGCCUCGCAGGGAGACAGCCAGGCUGCGAGACGUGCAGAGUAAACAAGGUCCAGUGGUGAAGAUUCAGCAGAGAACUUCUCGCCGCCGUGGCCAGCAGCCCAAGCUCCUCAACAGCCCUGAAGACAGUCUGUACUACAACCAGCUAAAUAGAACUCUGGAUUACCAGGGGAGCAAGAGGAAGCCGAGAAAACUUGGCCAAAUCAAAGUGCUGGACGGAGAGGACGAGUACUACAAAUUACUGUCGACCGCGGAGUCGAUCCCCGAGGAGGAGCCCCCUCCCUCCUUUUCUACCGGGCCUCUCGUCAGUCAGAGCUGAGCUUCAACGUCCGUGUCAGCCGGUGGCCUUCUUCAGAACCAAAACCAACUGGAUCUCAACACUCACUUGAAUUGUAAAUGUGUAUUUAUUUAUUUAUAGUAAACUGCUCUUUUAUAUGAGUAAAAAAAAACGCUUUUAACAAUCAUAUUUUUGCAAAUAGUCUGUUUGCAUUUGAGUAUUAAUAUUGAUGUAUUUCUAUCAUGAGGGUUUUGUGAGGUUUAAUCUCAUCUGUGAUGUUUUUAAGCUGUAAAAGAACAUCCCUGGUUCAUUUCUGACAUGUUAAAGGGACACGGGGUGGUUUUGGCAUGCUUUUAGCACCCCCUAGUGUCCGUUUGCAUAACCGAAAGCAAAAACCUACCUCCUGGCUGUCUUUUUAACACCUUAGUCUAACAGCUGAAACAUCUCCCCAGGCUUCCUUGGUGUCUACAGGAAUGAUUCAUCACUAAAUUAAACAAAUCAGCUAAGUUUGUGAUCUAAAACAUGCAGGAAACGUGCUGGAACCAGACUGCAGCACCAGGUAUGCCAGUCCCAACAGAGCGGUUGCCAGUCUGAAGUUGCGAGUGGGAUAUGCUGGCCACAGGGGGUGAUUAACCCUGUAACUUUAGCCAUACUGGCUCAAGAAAAUGAUUUCUGAAUGUGAAAAAGUUGCAGAGUAUCCCAUUAAAUAAAUGUACAUCCAAUUAAAUCUGCUAUUAUGAGCAGCAAUCACCAUUUGAACUUUCAGAAACUGGUUUCAUUGCUUUUAGAAUUACGAUUUUGUUCAAAUUAGCGAUACAGUAAGAUGUAGGCGUACUUCUAUUUUUAUUUACUGUAUUGUUAAAAAUCCUUGCGUCCGUUUCCCUCUGCGUUUUGUUUUCCAUCAUUACAAAACCAAAGUUUCUUUUACUCAAUGGUUGCGUGAAAGACACGAAUGGAGGUGCUGACUGAUCUAAAACUCUGAGUUUACAAGCAGAAAACUACAGCUGUGAGUUUCUUUGAGUUCAUUUUAUUAUUAAAAAAUGUUGCCGUAGGACAUACUCCAUUUGAACCAAGCGGCUGCUGUGGCGAUGCUGAAUAUCCUCCCGCCUCGGCCAUGAGAUGGUGGAAGUUUGGAGCAGCUAAAUCACCUCGGGGACUCCACAUUGUGUCGAGUACACGGCUGUGAAUUUCUAACAAACUGUAUCAAAGUCCUGCCCAGCCAAAUCCAUCUCACAGCUGGAGUCCUAUUGAGAUUCAUAAAAAUGUAGGAGCUUGAAUUUAAGGCUGAACCGAGCAUCUUAAAGAAGGAUAUCAAUAAUUUUUGUUGCUGAUGGCACUGAAAUCAUCUAGUUGUUUACACGUGGUUGAAAUUGGGCCUUUUAGCUGAAUAACGAAGAUCCCCACCCUAAAUCAAAGGUCUAAAUGUGCAAUUUUGAUGAUUUAACAUUAAAAUUAUGGUUUGGUUUUGA